AUGGAGUCGUCCCUCGAGUCUGGAAGUGAACACGACUCGCUGGAACUACGCUGCGUCAAGGCGCUGUUUCUGGAAAGACAGUAUCGGCAAUGCAUCACCACCUGUCGCAACGCCUUGGAGGCCCAUGACAACACUCAUGGCGCAAACCCACUACGCGCCACCUUCUUCCGCUUCUACCUGGCGCUCGCACACGAUGAACUGGCGCGCGCGAUGCACAAUUUCUCCCAUGCGAAGGUGGUAGCCUUUCAGCAAGCCGCGGAACUCUACGAUGAAGCGCUGCAGACCUUGCCAUCCGCCCAGGACUGCCUGGCCUCCAUACCGAGGAAGACAGCCACCAGCACCCGUGAACCUUCGCCUGAGAUGAAGGCGACGUCAAGGCACGACAGUCUGCACUCAAAUGGCGCGAAUGACCGCUUCCGCCCAAUGUCCGCUCAAGGCCUGAUGCCACUUUCGCCACCGACUCACAUGCGCAACAACAGCCUACCAGUCCGCUCGCCACCGCGAAGCACAUCCGCCGACACCCUGACCUCCGACCUCGACGACCUGGAAAGCCACAACAGCUUCAACGACAUCAUGACACCCACACGCUGGCCCACAAGACUAGAACGGGACUACUCAUCCAUGUCCCUUCUCCAGCCCGCGCAAAGACAAAUGUCCCACCACCUGAUGCGACCAGUCCGCAUGGGCUCACCCGCGAAAUCCUACCACCUCCCCUCCAUUCCCCAGACCCAGCAACGCGCCCAACUCCUCCGCCUCAACACCGCUCCCACCCACAGCUCGCCAGUGCGCAAACAACUCCUCACCCAAAGCGAACAAGCCUCCCCCGUCUGGGAACAAUUCUCGCCCGUCUCACCUCUCGACUCCGACGACGAGGACAGCUUCUCCGACACCGGCACCAUCUCGCCCAUCUCCCCCGAAACGCCCUGGCACCACGACCACUGGGUCUCGGCCCUCACUUCCCGUUCUCACCACGUAUUACUUGAAGAGCACCUCCACGCCCUGCAAACGCAGAUUCACACGCACAUCCGGCUGUUACAAACAGCGCAGCAACGCACACUCGAAGCCAAAGCCGCUCGCACGCUGGCGCACGAAUCGAUGUUUAAGGGGCAGCGAGGGCAGGCGCGGGCGAGAGGGAGCGGAAGCGGCAGUGAGAUGGCAGGCAAGAGGAUGUUGUCUGAGCGGAGUUACUGGAGUUUCACGACGGAAGAGGUGCGGCAGGUGGAGAAACGGAAUCGGAUACUGGCGGCGAAGGUGCGGGGAUGGAGGAGGGAGCGGUUUGACGGGGAGAGGUAUCGAGAGUUGGCUGCAAGGGCGUUGGCGGAGCUUUGA